AUGGAUAAUCACACUGUUCCUACGAACUCCAUGCAAGCUACUCCUUCGCAAGAUGAAGUUUCCGAAAGACAGCAGCACACUCCUCAAAGAUUACAUCCAGCGGUAAAUAAUUCUCAUCAUUUCCGCCAAUCAAAUCCAGGUCUAUUUGAUUUUGUUCAAGGCAACGCGUUUCCUCUGUACACAGUGCAAAAAUUAAAUCCCACAAAAGAAUUUGUAGAUAUGUUAAUUGAUGGCGAUGGAGG